AUGAGACCAGCUACAAGAUUAUUUCAACGUGUCCCCCUUAUCAAAUUCGUUGGUGGUCCACACCAAGCUCCAAGUAAGUAAAUUAUGGUGCUAGGCAUUAGCAAUGAGGAUAUGAAUAAUUGAUGAAAUGGCUCCAAUGAAAGCCUUAGAAGCAAUUCAUAUGUCAAAUACACAUUGAGAGAGUGUUUACUAACCCCUGCUUCUAGAAAAUGUCUCACAUGCUGCUAAAUCACAUCCAUGUGCACCAGAUGGAGUAUUACCAGGAAGUGCCGGUUCGUCAUCGCAAUCAUCGUACUUCAACAGUAACUCUAUAGAACCAGAGGAGGGUGAAUCUUUCUCCAGAGCCGAAUUGCCCCCAAGAUUCAGAUAUAAGGGUCCUAGUGAAGCCGAAAUUGAAAAUAUUUGUAGUGGUGGUGCUACGCUCAUUUUUUAA